AUGGACGAAGAACAGUGGGAUGAAGUGAGAAAAGGGAGCGUCGUCCCUUUAGAGCUGGUGCUUUACAAGCAAGUCCUGCUUCUGUUGUUCAAGACAUAUCCCGUCUAUAUUGACCGCGAAUCCCGCCAUGCUGCCCAACGCUGUGCGAAAGCCCUCUUCCCAGCCAUUCCGAGCGCAGACCUUCCGGCCUUUACCCAGCUCCUUCGAAAGGAAGCAUCGAACUCGGCUAUAGCGGCUGCGAAUGCAUUCGUAUUGGUGGAAUGGUGCGCUAUACUGUUAGAGCAUCUGAGCACACGACUCGAAGAUCUUUCGCCGUUGGUUCUGGAGACAGUGUCUGGCAUCGGCAAGGCCCUAGAAACGUGCCUGGGGACUUCGACAAAGCAGAGCCUGAGGCAUUCUGCUAUAAUAGUAACUCGACGGGCACUACGUGCUGUUUUCCCCACGGAGCCGCAUGGGAACAACCUGGUCCGGGAUGUAGUACUUUACCUGACGAAGGAGGCGUCAUCUGGCUUUAAAAAUGCCCCUAUACUUGGCGUCAUCUGUGGUGUUUGUGCCCGUCUGCCAAAUAGGAAGAAUGACUUGGAUGUGGUAAAGGGUGAUAUUUUCCAGUUUUACUCUAAGGAAAUUGUUGCUUCCAGAAACCCAAUUCCUCGACAUGUUUAUGAUGGAAUCCAGGACCUAUUCACAUCCUUUUCUACGAAGGAGGACCUCCAAAAAUACGUCUGGCCAGCCGUAGAAAAGGCAAUCCUCAGGAGCCCCGAAAUCCUGCUUGCUGGUGCACUCGCCUCUCUUAUUUCUGCAAUCCCUCGGAAUAUUGACCUUUCCAAGGUUUUCUCUUCAUCCAUUUGUAAGCCAUUGCUCGCAAACAUCAAAUCUACGAAUGGAGUCAUUCGAAAGGGUGCCGUUGAAGCGCUCGAAGCUUUCAUGCCCAGGUGUGGUGAUGAAAAAUGGGCCCUCAAGGUUAUAGACGAGGUGAUAACUCCAUUAAAAACACAGAAGAUCACAAAUGUCGAACAACGUGCCCUUCAGGCGCAAAUUUUAAAAGCCAUACCAUGCUCAUCCAAUGCAUCACAGUCUAUACUAACUGGCCUUUCCUCUGCGCUUCUUCGCGAGAGCAGUGAAAUUGCGCUAGAACCUGAGAUCAAAUCUUUCUGCCACCACCUCGCCUUUAUCGUGUCCUCUGGUGCUGAUAUUACCAAAGAGCAAUAUAGUACCAUCAUCAAGGGUUGCGAUGACAAGCGCAUUGGAUUCCGUAAGCUAUGGCUUGUGAACAUGGGCGAAUUGUUUUGGAAUUUUGACCACGCUACGCUGCUAUCAUCCCGGAGUUUUAGCAAAGAGUGCCUACAGCCAGUGAUAGCAAGAUUGCACAAGUCGUUCACAGAAAUUGCUGCCAACCCGCUUCCUUCAUUGCAAGGCGGAGCUAUCUCAAUAGCAAACGUCCUUACGGCUUUGUCAUUCCAAAAGUUCCAAAAUGAGGAUAGUUUACCCUUCACGACUGGUGAUGUGUUCGCUACGGCAAUAUCAGUUUCGCCCAAACCAUCAUUUUUGCUCAACCCAAAAAUUUAUACAAAGCUGUCGUCCAACGGGGAGUUUGAAUGGAAUGUCCGCGCCCUGUUCGGGGUGACCAUGCAACCAGAGUUCUCCGCUUCCAGCGCGCAGGUCAAGGAGGCCUGGGCUCACGCAUUCAUAUAUAUGAUCUGCUCUACGAGCUCACCUCCUAAAGUUCGACAACGCGCAAUAGAAUUGUUACGGCAGUGCUAUCUCAAGGAAACCGCAUUGAUAGGUACUACCAUCAUCAAUUCCAUGUGGAAGUGGCUCUAUCAUCUCGAUACUCUGGACAAGGAGUCCGCUGCAGUGCUCUCAGGGACGGGAAAAUCAAACCUUUGUCAUGUGGUGAGAGCAAUUACGCCUGCAGUAUCGGAGCUCGAAGGCCAUGGUCCUAUUAGCAAACAGGACCUUGAGUCACAAUCCAUUGAGCUUCUCGUCCUAUGUCGUCCUGAAUUGGUGCCAGGAACGAGCUGGAUUAAUAUAACCUUGAAAAUGGGGGUUGAUCCUGGGAAACUGGCCCUCGAAUAUCCUGAUCAGUGUCUAAACCAAGUUCUACUUGCAACUGAAGAUCCAAUCCGCAACCAGAUAGUUGAAGGUCGACAAGCGGCUUGGAAUGCAGCCGCCGAUCUCGGCUUUGUUGCUCCGGAAGUGAUGAUACCGAAGCUUGUAUCGCAGUUCUGUGAAGAUCUGAAACCUGAAAGAAUAUCCCAGUUCUCCGCCACAGACAUCGCUAUUGCUCGCCAUACAGAAGACACACCAUUUAUUGACGUGUUAGAUACCAAAGCCAAGAACUUACCCAACAAGAGUGCUAAAGAUUAUGACACCCUCAAGUGGGAGGAAGAACUGCGGGCAGAGGUUGCUAAGAAGCACGGCCAAAAACAGAAAAAGUUGACUGCGGAGGAACAGGCUAAGGUUAAAGCUCAGCUGGUGAAGGAGUCUGAGAUCCGGAGUCAGGUUAACUCUGCUGAAGUAAUGAUUAAGCGAGGAGCGGGUAUAAUCAAGAGCCUAGCUAACGGUCCUCCAACCGAUGCUGAAUCUUGGAUUAACCCCGCUUGCAGUUCUCUAUGUGAGCUUGCACAGCUUGGAGGGGGUGUUAUUGUUGGUGAUAGCAUAUCUUCAGCUUUUAUUUCCUGUGCUAAGAAGGCGUCAUCUCGACUCGGAGAGUUACGACCCUUUGUUGCCAUUGCCACGCUCAGAGCCGUGGGGAAGACCUUUUUGAUGGCUGAGCUCGAAACAGAGCACCUCGGAACUCUCAUCACCCGGAUCUUCUACCGACUUCGAAUACUUUCAGAACAGCGCCCCCUCGACAGUGUCUCCCUCGGUUAUAUUCUUCCUUUAGUUUUCAUAGUUUUGGAAAAUGACGGAAUUGAAGAAUCGAAGGAUGAUAGUGGGGAACAGGUUCUCCUUGCUCUGGAGUUCAUCUCAUUCCACGCGAACUCAUACUCUGACUCGCGACUACCUAGGUCUGAAACGUUACGUCUGCUCAUUAACGCUAUGCGGAGACACACAGAACAUUAUAAAUUAAUGCGCGAUGCGCUCUUAGACCUUUGUAGGGCCAUGUCAGCAAAUAUACAACCCAAAGAGCUUGAAACUUUACUUCAGGGUUCGAUUUCCCAUCAAAUACCAGUUCGGGCUGCCGUUCUUCAGAGUAUACUGUCUGAAAUAGAUUUGACGGACCUUGACUUUUCGGUAUACAUCUGGAUUGCAUAUCAUGACAGUGUGGCUGAGAAUGCCGAGAUUGCCAAAGAAAUUUGGGAAGAAAAUGCUUUAGAAGUUGAUGAAAAUUCCCCGGAUCUGAUUAUCAAACACCUAGGAACCGUCGACCUGCCACUAUGGACGGCCGCUGCUCAUGCCCUAGCCUAUGCUUGUGAGCUAUGCCCCUCUGUUUUCCCUAGUACGUUGCGGAAAUUGGAAUCUAUGUAUCGGGAAGAAGUCCAUACAAAGCCUGUACAGAAAGAUGCAUAUGGCAUGCCUAGGAAAGCCGAACAAGCCGAUCAAUGGGAAAUUCGGAGUGGGAUCGCAUUGUCCUUUGGCGCAAUGGCUAGCGGGUUCAAUGGGGAUGAUAUUGUGUCAUUCUUCCGGUUUUUGAUCGAUGAUGGUCCAUUGGUGGAUCGUAACGCAUCUGUCCGACGACAAAUGGCUGAGAGUGGAAGUGCUGUGAUUACAUUGCGUGGUCGCGAGAAGGUCGAAGAACUGAUGCAUAUUUUCGAAACGGCCUUGGAAACCUCUGAUAAGGAAACCGAACAGUCAGAUUGGCUUAACGAAGCGGUCAUCAUCCUUUAUGGGUCUCUUGCACAACACCUUGUUUCCGGAGAUAAACGCGUUCAAAAAGUCACUCGCAAACUUAUGGACGCUCUAUCGACCCCUUCUGAAACUGUACAACUUGCUGUUGCUGAGUGCCUUGUCCCACUGGUUCGACUAGAUGGGUCUGACGCCAGCCAUUUUGUGCAGGAAUUGCUUGAUCAACUUUUCCAGUCUAAGAAGUAUGCAGCUCGUCGUGGAGCAGCCUAUGGCCUAGCAGGUAUCGUCAGGGGUAAAGGAAUACUGGCACUUCGCGACUUUGGAAUUAUGUCUCGACUAACCGAGGCAACGGAAAACAAAAAAGAAGCAAACCAAAGACAAGGAGCAGUUCUAGCAUUUGAGCUUCUUGCAUUCGUCCUUGGCCGUGUAUUCGAGCCUUAUGUCAUACGGAUCGUCCCACAGUUACUGACAAGUUUUGGCGACCCAAGUAUUGAUGUUCGUGAUGCUUGUUUAGAUGCCGCAAAAGCAUGUUUCGCAAGCUUGAGUUCUUUCGGAGUUAAACAAAUUCUCCCAACUUUGUUGGAAGGUCUGGAUGAUUCUCAAUGGAGAAGUAAGAAGGGUGCCUGCGACUUGCUUGGGGCUAUGGCCUACCUUGAUCCUCAGCAACUUGCAUUCAAUCUUCCUGAUAUUAUACCUCCGCUUACGGAAGUUCUAAAUGACAGUCAUAAGGAGGUUCGAAACUCCGCCAACCGAAGUUUGCAACGGUUCGGAGAUGUCAUAAGCAACCCAGAAGUGAAGAGCUUAGUCUCAAUCCUACUCAAAGCUUUGAGUGACCCGACUAAAUAUACGGACGAAGCUUUAGAUGCGUUAAUUAAGAUUUCGUUCGUCCACUAUCUUGAUGCGCCAUCUUUGGCACUGGUGGUGCGAAUUCUUGAACGAGGCUUAGGCGAUCGAUCAACGACCAAGCGAAAGGCUGCCCAAAUUAUUGGCAGUCUAGCCCAUCUUACGGAGCGUAAGGACCUGACCUCUCAUUUGCCGAUUCUGGUUGCUGGACUUAAGACUGCUGUUGUUGACCCUGUGCCCACUACUCGUGCAACGGCCUCAAAGGCACUCGGUUCCCUCAUCGAAAAACUUGGAGAAGAUACUCUUCCAGACCUCAUUCCCAGUCUUAUGGCCACUCUCAAAUCAGAAGCUGGAGCUGGAGAUCGUAUGGGCUCUGCCCAAGCGCUUGCAGAGGUUCUUGCUGGUUUGGGAACUUCUCGUCUGGAGGAUACUCUGCCUUCGCUUCUACAAAAUGUUUCCAGUUCAAAGGCAACAGUCCGAGAAGGCUUCAUGACCCUGUUCAUUUUCCUUCCCGCUUGUUUUGGUAACAGUUUUGCCGCUUACUUGAGCCGAAUUAUUCCUCCUAUUCUUGUUGGUCUGGCCGAUGAGGUUGAAUCGAUAAGGGAAACGUCACUCCGGGCCGGUCGACUACUGGUGAAAAACUUUUCUACAAGAUCAAUUGAUCUACUUCUGCCCGAGCUUGAACGUGGUUUGGCGAAUGACAACUACCGCAUCCGUCUUUCCUCUGUGGAACUUAUUGGUGACCUUCUAUUCAACCUAACAGGAGCCAGCGCACAAGAUGGAGACGAAGAAAUGGAUUCAGCAAUCCAAGCUGGCCAGUCACUUCUCGAGGUACUCGGCGAAGAAAGGCGCAACAAGGUCCUCUCGUCGCUUUACAUCUGCCGUUGCGAUACUUCAGGCUUGGUCAGGAGUGCUGCUAUCAAUGUCUGGAAGGCUUUGGUGGCUACUCCACGCACAUUGAAAGAGCUGGUACCAACGCUGUCUCAAGUUAUCAUUCGACGCCUGGGAAGUUCAAAUAUGGAGCAGAAGGUCAUCGCUGGAAAUGCACUAGGAGAAUUGAUCAAGAAAGCUGGCGAGGGGGUCCUAUCCACCCUGUUGCCUGCGCUUGAAGAAGGGCUUCUCACUUCAACCGAUAUCGAUGGCAGGCAAGGUAUAUGUCUGGCGGUACGGGAGCUUGUGGUGUCUUCCUCUGACGAAUCACUUGAAACGUACGAAAAGCCACUUAUAUCUAUUGUCAGAACGGCCUUGGUCGAUACAAACAACCAGGUUCGCGAGGCUGCUGCUGAAGCUUUCGAUGCUCUCCAGCAGGCUUUGGGUAAGAGAAUCGUAGACAGAGUUUUGCCUGACCUUUUGCACUUGUUGCAUAAUGAGAAUGAUGCUGAGCAAGCUCUCUCUGCCCUUCUUACUCUAUUGACUGAGGCCACUAGGGCCAAUAUCAUAUUGCCGAACCUUAUUCCUACUCUAUUGACCCGGCCAAUUACUGGAUUCAAUGCUAAAGCUUUGGCAUCGCUCUCCGAGGUCGCAGGAGGUGGGAUGAACAGAAGGCUACCGACCAUCUUGAAUACUCUCAUGGAUGAAAUCAUCUCCACAGAGGACAAUGACCUCAAGUCGGAGAUAAGUGAGGCGUUUGACACCGUCCUUGACUCAGUGGAUGAGUUCGAUGGCCUAAACGUGGGUAUGAACGUGAUGCUCACAUUAAUGAAACAUGACGACCAUCGACGACGUGCAAGCGCAGCUGGGCACCUUGCUACGUUCUUCGUCAACACAGAGCUAGAUAUCUCUCGAUUCUACCCUGAGCUGAUACGCGUGCUCCUGAUCUCCUUUGACGAUCGUGAUAAGAACGUUGUCAAGGCAGCUUGGGAGGGCCUUAGCCAGCUAACCAAGAGCAUGAGGAAAGAAGAGAUGGAGGUCCUCGUCAACCCGACACGCCAGGUUCUACGACAGGUUGGAGUUCCAGGAUCGAACCUUGCUGGGUUCUGCCUACCCAAAGGAAUUGGCGCCAUUCUCCCUAUUUUCCUCCAGGGCUUACUGAACGGAAACAUCGAACAGCGCACGCAGUCCGCAUUGGCGAUUGGUGAUAUCAUUGACCGAACCAGCCCAGAAGCACUUAAAGCCUUUGUGACUCAAAUUACUGGUCCUCUGAUUCGUGUGGUCUCAGAAAGAUCCGUGGACAUUAAAUGUGCAAUCUUCCUUGCUCUUGACAAAUUGCUCGAAAAAAUCCCAUUAUUUGUCAAGCCAUUCUUGCCGCAACUUCAGCGAACAUUUGCAAGAGGCCUCGCAGACACAUCAAGUGAGAUCUUACGGACACGGGCUGCUAAAGGUUUAGGAAUCCUGAUUACAUUAACGCCACGAGUCGACCCCCUUGUCGCAGAACUUAUCACCGGCUCCAAGACCACCGAUUCCGGGGUCAAGAAUGCUAUGCUGCGUGCAUUGCAUGAUGUUGUCGAUAAAGCUGGUGCAAACAUGAGUGAUGCGUCAAGACAAGCCGUGCUUGGCCUUGUUGAUAGUGACUCGGCAGACGAUGCUGCAACGACCAUCACGAACGCCAAACUUGCCGGAGCACUCAUUAAAUCGCUUCCUACACCUACAGCUCUUCCACUCAUCAAAAACCGGAUACUCUCGACCCAAGUAACGCAUCAGUCUAUCCUUCGACUGAAUGCCAUCUUAGUCGAGGCUCCUACGCUGUUGAGUGAGAAUUUCCGAUCCGAAGUGCCUUCAGUAAUCUGCCACGCCAUUAAAAGCAACGAUGUUUUCAUAUCCGAUAACGCUGUCCUUGCAGCCGGUAAAUACCUUCUGUCAUCUCAGAUGGACCGGAAACCAGAGGACGAGAAAGACGUGUUCGAGGCUUUGGCGGCCAUAGUACAGCCUGGUAAGCCGACUGAUACCCGUCGUCUAGCGCUAGUCGUGAUACGUACGGUCAGCAGAGAGAACCAGGAGAUGAUUGCACCCCAUUUAUCUAUUAUGGUGCCACCAGUUUUCGGCGGUGUCCGUGAUAUGGUCAUCCCCGUCAAGCUUGCCGCGGAGGCAGCAUUCCUUGGCCUCUUUUCGGUCGUGGAAUGCGAAGGUACUGUGUUUGAAGAGUACAUGAAGGGUCCUGGAGCAGAGCUUCCACCGGGUCCUAAACGAAGCAUGCAGGACUACUUUAAGCGUGUAGCACUCCGACUAGGAGGCCAAGCGCGCGAGCGGAGAGAGGCAGAAGGAGGCCAGGGAGGUCUAGGUCUCUCCAGCGACGAGCUCGAAGAUGAGAAGGAGGUGUGGAGCGUCGGCAAGAUAGACCUGGGGGAGUCGGUCAACCUUCGCACUCAGAAGCGCCUGGCCGCCUCCGUGGUCGGCUGCGGUCAACGCAAGAUCUGGCUUGAUCCCAGCGAGGUCAACGAGAUCUCUACCGCCAACUCUCGCCAGACCAUCCGCAAACUUCUCAGCGAUGGACUCAUCAUCCACAAGCCCGUCACUAUGCACUCGCGCUCCCGUGCCCGCGAGCUCGCAGAGGCCCGACGAAAUGGCCGACACAGAGGUUUCGGUAAGAGGAAGGGUACCAAGGACGCCAGAAUGCCAAGCCAAGUUCUGUGGAUGCGCCGUCUACGAGUUCUCCGACGACUACUUGCCAAAUACCGUGCUGCCGGAAAGAUUGACAAGCACCUUUACCACGAGCUGUACCACUUGAGCAAGGGUAACACCUUCAAGCACAAGCGUGCCCUCGUUGAACACAUCCACAAGGCCAAGGCUGAGAAACAACGUGAACUUAACCUCAAGAACGAGAUGGAUGUCAAACGUGCUAAGACCAAGGCUGCCCGUGAGAGACGACAAGAGCGUAUUACCGCCAAGCGGAAUGCUCUUCUCGGUGAGGACGAGGAGGAGGCAUAA